GAAGCUAGAAAACACCUCAACACAAAGAAGCUCGAACGUGUAAACAAACUGGACAACCACCUCUGUUUUCAACCAUCGCCGGUUGACUUGUUAAACAUGUGCCUUAAUUUCAUAAAAACGGGACAUCACAAGCGUCCAGAAAACAUCGAACCUGCUGACAGAAAAGAUUUAAAACGGAGAAAUACGCAAGAUGGCUCCGCUGCUGACUGGUCGAGUAGUGACGUCUGCCUCGCGAAUGAAUCGUUAUUUUGAAUCGGCUCUUUUUAAUGAUUCGUUCGGAUCAAAACUCUCACAUCUGUAGGGUUUACCUUUGUAACGUAAAUGUUAAAAAAAAACGAAAUAAAAAAAAAGUAAUACAUUAAUGCUAUGCUUAACUAUUUUUCUACAAAAAUAAGUGUUAUUUGUCAACCGAUUCUUUUGAAUCAUACCGGUUCACUGAAACGAACUGUCCAAAUGAAUCAAUUCAGAGUCCAAACUCUUCUGACUGAGCAGCGCAUGCGCACACAGCUUCGUGCGUCAGUUAGCGCGAGCGUUUCUUCAUCACAACAGAGACGCUCCUCCGUUAAAUCCGCUCUUUCACCAGGAGAAAACGGUGCUUUUCUGCUGCUGCCAGCUCUUUGGAGGAGUCGUUCUUUGUUUCGCUUGAUGCUUGACGUUCUCACAUCAUGGGUUCGAUGAACCAUUACGUGUUUUUAUUAUUCUGUCUCGUAACGGGCCGGAGUCUCGCUCAGCACCGGAGAUAGAGGCCUCUCCGCGCCUGCUCGAUUAACGGAGAGCCCGCGCGGAGCGACGAGACGCACGGCGGGAAUUCUGAGGCGAUUAUUUGAGACUCUGCUCGUCUGACAGGAGUCUAAAAGGCCCCGGAAACGUAAGACGGUGUGGAACGACCGAAAGAGUCGGAACCGAAUCGCCGGGCCGGUGUUGAUGUGGGGUAAAAUGGAGACCCCGACGAUCAUAUACGAUCUGGAUACCUCCGGCGGGCUGAUGGAGCAAAUCCAGACUCUUCUGGCACCGCCCAAAUCUGAGGAUGGAGAAAAGCGGAGCAGGAAACCGGACAGGAGCACCAGGAGAGCCGGCAGGGCCACCAAUCACGACACCUGCGACAGCUGCAGGGAAGGAGGAGACCUCCUGUGCUGCGACCACUGCCCCGCUGCUUUCCAUCUGCAGUGCUGUAACCCGCCAUUGAGCAGAGAAAUGCUGCCCCCUGGUGACUGGAUGUGUCAUCGCUGCACUGUUCGCAAGAAGAAAAGGGAACAAAAGAAGGAGCAGAUAAAUGGUAUUUUAGAACUUCAAUUGUCGAAGCAGUCGCCGUCUCCAGAGCCAGACUGUGGGACGCUGCGUCUAGACCCCACCUUGGGUUCGGGCGGCGCUGGAUUACGGGCCACCGUCGCUCAGGUUCGACUCCUAGAAAGACCAAGCAGUCGACCCGUGACUCCCAACUCCAACACUUCUUCCACUGACACGCCCACAUCGUCCGAGCAGAACGACAUGGAGGAAGACCUGCUGGAUGUGGAUGACGAGGCUCAGGGUUCUGAUCCAGAACUCUCGAAUACGCCAGUUACCCUCAAGAGACCUUUUGACCUCCUAAUCGCAGCUGCCAUGCAGAGGAACCCCACGCAGUUCCAGCUUCCCAAUGACCUCACCUGCACAACUGCACUUCCAGGCACCAGCAAAAGAAGACGGAAAGAUGAGUUAUCGGGAAGAAACGUGAAACGGCCGCAGCAUGAGCUGGACCAUUAUGGACUGGUUCCACUGCCAGUAAAAGUGUGCCACACAUGCAACAGGAGCUGCAGAUUGGCUCCAUUGGUCCAGUGUGAUUAUUGCCCCCUCUUGUUCCACAUGGACUGUUUGGACCCGCCUCUCACUGCCUACCCUACAGGCAGGUGGAUGUGUCCCAACCACAUCCAGCACCUGGUACUGAACCAGAGGAGUCUGACCCUUAGCAACCGCUGCCAGCUCUUUGACCAGUUUCAGGACUGUAUAUCCCAGCAUGCAGUGAAGCUCGACUUUCUGCAACGGGUACAUCGCCAACACCCACCGAUUCCACGGCCGGGUCACGCUCAAAGCAGGAGGACUCUGAAGGUUCCGGAUGCUAUAAAGUCACAGUACCAGAACCCACCCGUCUUGAUGACAACCACAGGGAUUCGUGAUGGGGAAAUUAUCUGUACUGGUAUUCCAGACACUGUCGUCCCACAACACGUAGCCAGUGAAGACGAACAGCGUCAGUGGCUCACAGACGUCAUCUCGCUGCAGUGCAGCAUCAUGAGACAUUUAUGGAACAAGCAAACAUCUCCCUGGGAUUCGGAACAGAUGGAAAAGACUAAUGACAGAGACUCUUGUCAGAGCACGCAAAACCUCGGGCCCAAAGCAGUUUGUAGCUCAUGUACUGACGGACUGUGUCAGAACUGUCGGACAACCAAUGGCCCUGUAGACAGUUUGGUCAAGCCCAAUGGGAUGCAAGAUCCUGUUAGAACCUCAGAUAAAACCACCUCUGUUCCACCCAACCACGCCAGCUCCAAUGCUUCUAUUAGGUCGGAGGUUUCCAUUUUAAAAUCCUGUAAAGCAAAAGACCUUGUCAAAUCUGAGCCCACCACUCCACCAUGUGACCACAAGAAAACUCCGGCGCCCUCGGACACCCCCUCAUUAGAAAAACUCACAGCUUCUUUUGUAAGUACAAAAGCACAUGAUGUAAAGCCACCGAAAACGACCGCAGACACUGGGUCUGGCCACCAGAAAUCUUCAUCUUGUGGUAAGGAUGUACCUGUGUCAUUUUUGUUUGAUUCACCUCCCACUAAAUGUAAAGAAAUACUGAAACGCUGUUGUCUUUCCUCAGAUGGAAAGACUGGUUUCAAUUCUGCAAUAGCAGGAGAUAGGGAAGUGUUUUCUUGCACAGAACUCCCUAACUUGUCAGAGCUGUCAAGCUGGAUAAAAAACACCAUGCAGGGCAGCGGAGAAGUAGAACUCGGCUCUUUGGAUGAGAGGUUUAUAAAGCUCUUGGCCUGGCAGCGGAUUCAGCAACUCUUUGAUUCCAAAUCCUCUCCCGUUCAGAGUAAUUCUACGCUGUCUGUGUCACACGCUCAUAAAAAACACAGUGAAGCACAAAACAAGGAGGUGCAGGCGAGAGCUUCAUUUUGCUCAGUUUCAGGAAAGGGAGCAGCUGUCAAAAUGUGCUACAGGAGUCUGUACAUCGGGACAGGUGCUGAUAUGGACGUGUGCCUUACAAACUACGGUCAUUGUAACUAUGUUUCAGGGAAACAUGCCUGUAUUUUUUAUGAUGAGAAUACGAAGCAGUAUGAAUUGCUGAACUACAGCGAACACGGGACGACUGUCAACAAUGUAUUAUAUUCCUGUGACUUCUCUGAGAAGACGAGCCAAAACCCAUCCAGCAGUCUGCUGGCCAAAGUACAGAACAUCAUUCGCCGCUGCCGAAAAAAAGAGCAGGAAGACUCUGAGAUGAGCGUGACCUCUGCGGCAGAGGGCGGAGUUAUGAGGUGCCAGUCCCAUGAUGCUCCCAUUCCUCCAUGUAACUGUAAAAACAGUGGCUCCAGUUUGAUUGGAGGUAGCAGUGCCGGAUGGGAAGGUACUGCGCUCCUCCAUCACGGAAGCCACAUCAAAAUGGGCUGCUUGCAGUUUGUCUUCAGCAUCACAGAGUUUGCCAACAAUCUGCCCAAAGCGGAAAUCACCACCUGCAGCCUCGGUCCCACACCUGUCCAACAGGGGGAGCAGCUGAGCAAAGCCACUCCUCCACUCCAACACAAGCUUGUAGCUUAAACCCCUAAAGCACCUACCAGCCUCUGCCGCAACCUGUACAUGAUGUAAACGGUGUGCUAAUUAUUUAAUUGUUUAUACACUUGCACGAAAUUACGUUUUUUAUAUAUAACUGUAUAUAUAAUUUCUUCUACUCUUUUGGCAGGUUGCACAUAGAUUUUGUGUUUAUUUCAAUUAUUGUAUCUUGCAUUUUUAAAGGGAGACUAUCAUCACUAUCUAUGCCCGCAGAACCAGAGCCGUUUUCAUGUGUAAAGAAUUCUAUUUUGUGCCAGACACGAUAGUUUUUUAUAUGAACAUGCAAUUUUUUCCAUGAAACUGAAGCUUUUAUUUAUGUACUCUAUCUUGAGUAUAGUCAUACCUGGUGUUUCUUUAGCUCAUGCAAAGUCACACGUGUAAAUAUGUGUAUGUAUUCAUGUAAAUAACAUGAGAACCACGUGACAUAAGUGCAUCAGUUUGUAUUAUUUCUGUAAGUGUGUCAUUGAGCUGAUGUUCAGAUUUGUAUGUUUGUUUAAUGUGCCGUGUAAAUACAAUUUUCACCAGGUUCUUGUGUCAAACCAUGUAAAUACAAAACAGAUUUUAAAUAACAUACUUAAGAAA